AUGGAUAAAUACGAAUUGAAAACAUUAUUCAUCAGAGGAGGUGCUUGGCAAGUGGUACUGCUGUUUGUGGAUGAGCUACCAACACGUAAACUGCCAUGGGACUGGUGUCAUGAAGUGUGGGAGGAGAACGAGGAGAUGUUUAGUAUACCGUUGUACAUUUUGACAUCAGGCAUGUUGAAGGCGUGGCCAACAGAGUACGACCCCAGUUUGGUAACGCUGUGUAAAGUGAUCACCAACAUGGACUGGAAAGUAACCAGGUUAAUCCUCUCUAGCAGUCGGAUAUCUGAUAAAGGUUUGAAGAACGUAAGUACAGUGCUUACUCAGAGUGAACUCUACAGCUUGACACCGUAUGGCAUUGGUUUACUUAGUCAAGGAUUAGAACACCUGUGUGAAGCGCCGAUCAGUGGUGAAUGCAAUUUAACCAGCUUAAACGUCAGUGACAAAAGGUAAGGAGGUGAAGGAAUAAUACACUAGUGGAAGGAGAGGAAAAGAACUUUCCAAAGAAAGGUCGGAAAACAAGAAAUAAACCCAGAAGAGCUCUUGUCUGACUAG